CCGUGAAUUGAUAGUCUUAAAAGUAUUUAAUGGCGGUUAGAGCUUCCACUCUACCCACUGCAUCAACUUCCAAGAAGAAGACGGUUUAACUUUAAGGCCAUCGAAAACUGCGUCACUUUUCUCUUCCAGAAAGUGUGUGUAGUUACCACGGCAAUAUGGGUGACUCCAUCCAAGUCACAAUAAACGGGAAGCUGUACGUUGUGGGCGCUGAGGAGUCAAUUUCGACUCGUCUGGUGACGUUCAUCCGCGACAAGGUAGGGACAGGCACCCACAUCACCUGCUACCAGGGGGGCUGUGGCGCCUGCACUGUCGUGGCCACUGCCCCCGACGCAGCAACUGGGGGAACUAAAACAUUUUCCAUCAACUCGUGCCUGGCCUCGCUCUACAACUGCGAUGGCUGGAGCAUCACCACCAUCGAAGGUUUGGGCAACCGCGAGGAUGGCUACCACGUCAUCCAGGAGCGCCUGGCUGAAUAUUACGGCACCCAGUGCGGCUACUGCUCCCCGGCCAUGGUCAUGAAUAUGUAUGGCCUCACGCAAGAGAAAGGCACGUGGACGGACGACGACGUCGAGAAACAUUUGGACGGCCACAUCUGCCGCUGUACAGGCUACAGGCCCAUCCUGGCCGCCUUCAAAAGCAUCACACCCGCGGACAUUGAGGAUAUCGACAAGACGGUUUGUGCAAAGUCAAAGACAGGAGGCUGUUGCAAGGGAGCUGGCAAAACUGUUGGCGGCAGCGGCUGUUGUCAACGCAAGGCCGUGCAGAAAGCUGUCACCGUUGACGGCGUUACAUUCUACUCACCCACUACGACCGCGGAGCUUUUGAGCAUCCUUGGAGGUCUUCCAGCAGGCGCGUCCUACGCAUUCAUGUUUGGCAACACAGCAGUGGGCUGGUCAGGCAGCCCACGCGCUGCCAACAUCAUUUCUACGCGCAACGUGAGUGACUUGGCGAGCGUUAAGGUGACGCCCACUGAAGUGACGGCCGGGGCAGCGGUGUCUGUAACUACGCUGAGGGCGGCCCUGCAGCAGGCCAAGAGCCUUACUGGCUUCUCGUAUCUACAGCAGGUGGACGAUCAUCUCCAGAAGCUUGCAUCCUCCUCCAUCCGGAAUCUGGGAGGAUGGAGCGGCAACCUGGCGCUCAAGAUGCAGGACCCAAGCUUCCCCUCCGACUUUUUCCUGACCGCUGUGGCCGCCGAGGCUCAAGUUUUGCUCGGAGUGCCAGAUGGCAGUUCUACGUGGUACAGCGUGGAGAGUUUGCUUGGUAGAGACCUGACAGCCAACAAAGAAGUGAUGCUCACUCUGCGCUAUCUUCCCCAUCCUGACAACUCCUACUAUCGUUCGUACAAAGUAGCCCCAAGGAACACCCUUGCCCUGGCCUUCGUCGGCGCUGCCCACAAAAUUGAGGUCGGCGACGACUUCAUUGUCACGGGAGCUCCCGUUCUGGCGUACAGCGGCAUCAGCUCCUCUUUCAACCGGGCAAAGAGCACGGAAGCCUUCCUGGUGGGGAAGGACCUCCGUGACGGAGCGGUGCUUCAGAACGCCUUCGCAUCCUUGGACGCGGAAGUCGUGCCAGACGCCGGACCAGGGCUGCCGAACCCUGCCUUCAAGAAGCAAGUUGCCCAGACGCUGCUCUACAAGACCAUCAUGUCCAUCAUCAGCGAAAAAGGAGGCACCGUGGACACCAAAUACCUGAGCGGUGCCUCCAGCCUCGUACGGCCGCUGUCCUCCGGCACUCAAGCCUACGACGACAACCAGAGCACUUGGCCUCUAGGCCAGCCUAUACCCAAGCUCGAGGCUAAGGCUCAAUGCGCAGGCGAAGUAAAGUACAUCAACGAUGCGCCGUUUUCGGCUGACGAGCUCACGGGACGAUUCGUAUUGUCGACGCGAGCCAACGCUACUAUCGUCUCUAUAGAUGCCUCCGCCGCGCUGACUGUGCCUGGGAUAGUAGGCUUCGUAUCAGCAAGUGACAUCAAGGGCAUCAACUCCAUGCAACCUUUCAGCCCUGACAACAUUGAGCCGGUGUUUGCUGAGGGGAAAGUGAGCUACUACGGCCAAGCCAUCGGGAUGGUGGUUGGUGACUCAAGCGCGGUGCGCCAAGCAGCGAACCUCGUACAGGUGACCUACGCAGACGAGCAAACACCGGUCCUGACCAUUGCUGACUCCAUGGCAACAGGACGACCGUCUGUAGCAUUUGACCCAUUGGUCAUAGGCGACGUUGACGCUGGUUUCGGGACGAGUACUCGUAUCGUUGAGGGCGCCAUGAGCCGCGAUGGUCAGUACCAUUUCCACAUGGAGACCCAAGUCGCUCGGGUCAUCCCUAACGAGGACAACUUCGAUGUCUUCUGCUCAACCCAAUGGACUGCAGGAGCUCAGGCUGCCAUCGCUCAAGUGUUAUCAGUGCCAACAAACACUAUCAACGUGACUGUGAAACGUCUUGGUGGAGGCUUUGGAGCUAAGAUCGUAGCCGGUAACCUAGUCUCGACCGCCACGGCUGUAGCUGCCCAAAAGUUCCGCAAGCCCGUUAGAGUGAGCCUGGACCUUGAAACGAACAUGACCAUGAUAGGGUGGCGGGAUCCAUUUUACCUCACUUACAAGGCUGGAGUUGACGACAAUGGGGUCCUGCAAGCCAUAGAAGCUAACGUGUACGGUGACGCCGGGUUCGCAGUAGCGAUGUCCUCAGCUCAAGGCGUUGGCAUCUGCAUGAACAGCUGCUAUAAGUGCCCCAACUGGCUCGUGCACUGUCACGCGGUUACCACCGACACUGCCUGCAACACCUACUGCCGCUCACCCACAACGCUGGAAGGCCUUACAUUUAUAGAAUGUAUUAUGGAGCACUUGGCUCGAGACCUCGGCGUAGAUUCACUGGAAUUCCGCAAGUUGAACUUGAAGCCAGACGGCGCCGACGUUAUUAUCGACAUGCUUCCCGUGAGCGCUCGCCGGUUCAUGACCCGCAGGGAACGCAUGAACCCAGCCAUUCGUCAAAUCAAACUCGAAAAGAGCCUUAUUGGUGAUAUGAUAUCCCAGCUCGAAGCUCAAGCUGAUGUUGCGAACCGCAAGGCUGCGAUUGUCGUCUUCAACUCUGAAAACCGAUGGCGCAAGCGUGGGCUUGCCGUCAUGCCGAUGAUGUGGCCGUACUUGGUCGCACCUGUCAUGGGCUUCGGUGUCUUCAUUGCCAUCUACUCUAACGACGGCACCGUGGCCGUGUGCCACUCGGGCGUCGAGCUCGGACAAGGGAUCAACACCAAGGUUGCUCAAGCAACUGCCUAUGCCCUGGGCUGCUCACUGGACAAGAUCCAAAUCAAGCCUUCAGAGACAACCAUGGGAGCCAACACCACAACCACGGGCGGCUCUGCGGGCUCAGACGCCACCACAUACUGUGCGACUCAAGCGUCGGCGAAGAUCAAGGCACGGCUUGAUGCACUAAACCUGCCAGUAGAAACAACCUGGGAGGAAAAAAUUUCAACUGCCUUUUCUCAGGGAGUCGUUCUUUGCGAGUACUACUGGAACGGGCCAGAUGAGAUCAAAAGCUACGGAGUGUACGGAGUUGCGAGCACCGAAGUGGAGCUUGAUGUUCUCACUGGGCAGUUCUUGGUGCUAAGAACGGACAUCUUAGAGGACGCCGGCACGAGCAUCAGUCCGCUGGUGGACAUCGGUCAGGUGGAAGGAUCUUGGGUGAUGGGCCAGGGACUCUUCACCACUGAGGGGCCCAAAUAUGACCCGGUGACUGGGGCCAAGCUCAACACAGACACUUGGGAGUACAAACCUUUGCUUGCACCCGACAUCCCAACUGAUCUGCGAGUGACGCUCCUCAGCAAUGCGCCCAACCCCGUUGGAGUUCUGUCGUCUAAAGUGACCGGGGAGCCUGCAGUAGCGCUGUCCUAUGCUGUCGUCUUGGCGCUCAGGGAAGCAAUCGGCAGCGCGCGCGCGGAGGCCGGUGACUCAGCUUACUUCCAGCUGGAUACGCCGCUCACAGUGGACGUGGUCCAGCAGCUUUGCCUGAGCAGUUCCUCGCAGUUCGUCCUGACGGCUGCGCUGAAGGCCUAAAAAACACGUUUACUAUCUUCGAAAUUAUAACAAUACAAGCAAAUAAAGACCUUAGUUUAUAAUCGAUUAGAAAAUUAUGCUUGAGGAUAUUGAUUUAUUUAUUUACAAAGCACAUUUACUGAAAAACAUUCAAACUAAUAUCGUUUAAUUCGUAUAUUUUUGUAUAGAGCGGCUUACUAUUGAAAAUUAUGUUUGAGGAUAUUUAUUUAUAUACUUAUUUACAAAGCACA